AUGGCAGUUUGGUCGCACCUUGAUGUAUCAAAAGCCCAUGUUGGAUAUGCAUGCAUAGGUGUUUUCUCAUGUAUCUUUUCAUUGGUUUCUCUUUUCGUUAAGGAAAAACUUUACAUUGGGGAGUCUACAUGUGCGGUUAUAUUUGGAUUAAUCGUUGGUCCUCAUUGUUUGAAUUGGUUUGACCCUACUGAAUGGGGUAACACGGAUGCUAUUACUUUAGAGAUCUCAAGGAUGGUUUUAUGCCUCCAAAUUUUUGCUGUGGCAGUAGAACUACCUAAGAAAUAUAUGUUGAAACAUUGGUUAUCCGUAACUAUGUUGUUGGUUCCGGUCAUGACUACAGGUUGGUUGAUUAUAGGAUUGUUCAUUUGGCUCUUAAUCCCGGGAUUGAAUUUUUCUUCCAGUUUAUUGAUUUCUGCUUGCAUUACUGCUACUGACCCUAUCCUAGCUCAGUCUGUUGUCUCUGGUAAGUUUGCAGAAAGAGUACCUGGGCAUUUAAGAAAUUUGCUAUCUGCCGAAUCAGGCUGUAAUGAUGGGAUGGCAUUCCCAUUUAUUUACUUGUCCUUUAAUUUAGUUGUUUAUCCAAAAGAUGGGCGUAAAAUACUGAAAGAUUGGUUUUGUGUUACUAUACUAUAUGAAUGUGUAUUUGGGUGUUUCUUGGGUAUUGUUAUUGGCUAUGCUGGUAGAAGGGCGAUAAGGUAUACAGAAGGUAAGAAAAUUAUUGAUCGUGAAUCUUUCCUAGCUUUCUAUGUUGUUUUGGCUACGAUGUGCGCUGGCUUUGGCUCCAUAUUAGGGGUUGAUGAUUUAUUAGUGUCAUUUGCAGCUGGUGCUACAUUUGCAUGGGAUGGUUGGUUUGCUAAAAAAACUGAGGAGAGUAAGGUUUCCACGGUUAUUGAUCUACUAUUAAAUUUAGCGUAUUUUGUUUACUUUGGGGCAAUUAUUCCAUGGAAGCAAUUUAACGACCCUCUGAUUGGUACAACUGUUUGGAGGUUAAUUCUCCUUGCCGUCGUCGUGAUAACAUUGCGUAGAAUUCCGGCUGUAUUAUUUUUUAAGGGCCUCAUUCCAGAUAUCAAAUCUUGGAGAGAAGCACUAUUCGUAGGUCAUUUUGGACCAAUUGGUGUUGGUGCUAUUUUCGCCGCAAUUUUGGCUAGAGCUGAAUUAGAGGGACAUGCAACCGGUGAGGAAACUCCAUUAAAAGAAUUGCCUGCCCAUGGGACGGAGCAUUGGCAGUUGAUUGCCUGUGUAUGGCCAAUUGUCUGCUUUUUGAUUGUUACUUCAAUAAUUGUUCAUGGUUCAUCCGUUGCGGUGAUUACUUUGGGUCGUCAUCUAAAUACGAUAACUUUGACAAAGUCAUUCACUACUCAGACCACAAAUGGUAAUAAUCGUAGUUCUGCAUGGAUGCAAAGGUUACCUGGGUUGGAUAAAAGUGGACGUUCAUUCUCGUUGCAUCGCAUUGACACAUUAGCGCCCCCAGAUAACAUACAGAAGUCUCAAACUAUUGAAACAAGCGGUGUGCCAGCAAAACCUGCAGGCGGUAUGAGAAAGAGAAAACAGAAGGUAAAAAGGAGAAAGGCAAAAGAUUUGUUUGGAACUGCUUCGAGACGUAGCGACUACGAACAAGAAGAAGUAACAGAUUUAAAAGAGGAAAGGUUAGCCCGCGAAAGACAAGCUAAAGCCGCAGCAUUUGCAUUAACUAGAGAUGAUAGACAUCUUUUCGAUGAGAAGCUUUCAGUGGAUAGUAAAGAUAAAAUAUCUCCUACUCAUUCUCAUUCUUGUUCUAUUGAACAGCUCUUAGAACAAAACCAGAAAAUUACACCUCCAAAUUCGUUGCAUCACUCAACAAGACGUGGCGGAGAACAGAAACUAACUCCAGAGCAGACCUAUGAUGAAAUCGAAUUUCCUAAGUACAGUAACAGUUCGUCCAAUGAAUAUGAUUACAAAGGACCUAGCAGCACCCCUGAUGAUGAUGACCAACAACCCACUAUUGCAUACCAAGAGGGUAAUUCAAUAAUUCUUGAAAAUAGAAGAGGUGAGAUAGUUGCUCAUACAAAAAUGUAUGAUAGUGAUAGAGAUUUGGAAGAAGGAAGCAGUGCAGAUAUGUCUUCCAUGCCGUCCACAGAGCGGAGGAACAGUCUCCGUAGACUCAUGUCACCUCCAUUCUUUAGGAGAUCUACUCUCGUAGACGAUGAAAGAGGCGCUAAAUAUCAUGCCUACAGGGUUAAUGACGUCUUGAUUAUAGAGAAUGAGGAUGGUGAAGUACUAAGACGUUAUCGUAUUAAUACACAUAAUUCAGACAAGGCUUCCCAGACUAAAAAAAGAAGUUCUAGUGUAGUUUCGAAGGCUCUUUCAGUUGUAGGCCUCGGAAAAUCAACUAGUAAGGCUCAGCAACUACAAGCCCCUAGUUCUGUUGCAGCUGCAGAUAAAACGCUUACCUCGGAUGCCCAAGUGUUAAGUACCACCGAGCAUCCUAAGCUAACGCCAGUCCCCUCUAUUCAUACAAGUUCAGGCGAGAACCGCAGUGAAAAAGAUAAUGAAGAUGAAGGGGACAUUACGCCUUUGAAGUCUAAACAUUUUCAAUCAAAAGAAAUUACUGAAGCCUCUGAAGAAUCAGAGGAUGAUGAGGAUGAGGAGGAUGAGGAUGAGGAGGAUGAGGAGGAAGAGGGACAUGAUGAAGAGGAAAAAGAAACGGCGAUUGAAAGAGCGAGGAGAUUAACCGCCCUUGGUGAAUAUUCCGCUCCAAGAGAUGAUGAUGAUGAAGAAAUCCCACCAGUUGUUGGACAAACAACUGCUGAUAUCAGGACCCCUACUGUGAGAAAAUGA